AGGGGGCGGCCGGCCAGGCAGGCGGUGGCGGAGGCUCCUGCAGCGGUCGCCGGUGGUGGCGUGGAGAGCUCCUCUGUGCCCUUCGGACCCGACCCUUUUCUGCGCUGUGCUCCGGCGCCAGCCUACCUCGCUGUUCGGCGACAUGACCACCACCACCACCUUCAAGGGCGUCGACCCCAACAGCAGGAAUAGCUCCCGGGUUUUGCGACCUCCAGGUGGCGGAUCCAAUUUUUCAUUAGGCUUUGAUGAACCAACAGAGCAACCGGUGAGGAGGAACAAAAUGGCCUCUAGCAUCUUUGGAACACCUGAGGAAAAUCCCCCUUCGUGGGCCAAGUCAGCAGGUGCCAAAUCUAGUGGUGGCAGAGAAGAUUCUGAGUCAUCUGGACCGCAGAGAAGGAACUCUUCUGAAGCAAACUCUGGAGACUUCUUAGAUCUGAAGGGAGAAGGUGACAUCCAUGAAAACCUGGACACAGACUUGCAGGGCAGCCUGGGGCAGAGUGAGGAGAAGCCCGUGCCUGCUGCCCCUGUGCCCAGCCCGGUGGCACCUGCCCCAGUGCCAUCCCGAAGAAACCCCCCUGGUGGCAAGUCUAGCCUUGUCCUGGGUUAGCUCCGACUGUCCUGAACUCUGUUGUUUUAUUUGUUUUCUCCAUGCUUGUGAACUGCACAACUUGAGCCUGACUGUACAUCUUUUGGAUUUGUUUCAUUAAAAAAGAAGCACUUUAUGUACUGCUGUCUUUUUUUUUUUUUUUUUUUUUCCCCUUUUUGAAGAACAGGUUCUCUUAUCUGUCCUGAUUCCUCUGGGUCUGUAGGCCAUGGCAUGAGUGUUUUCUAGUAGUAGAUUGGAGGGAAAACUCUGUGACACUUAGUACCGUGUUUUUAAGAAUAAUUUGAUUCCAAAUGUGUUAGAGGAUCUUUUGUACUGAGGUUUUUAAAACCCUUUUCUUGUCAGCUUUACUUGGGUUUACCAAGCCUUGAUUGGACAGACCAGUGAACAGUCCCCAGGCACCGUCCCUUCAGGCCCCCAAACAAGGAUGUCUUUAUGCCGAACCUCCUUGGUGUUGCCGUAACUUGUCAGUGCCCUUUGCUAAAAGCAUCUUCCUGUGCCAUAUGGAACAAUAAAGAGGCCUGUGCCUCCUGCCUUGCUGCCUGCAAAGCGAAAAACUGCCUUUUGUUUUGGAACCUUAAGAAAUAAGCCAGAUACUAACUUGCCUGGCUGAUGAGCAUCGAGCCUGCUGCUCUCAGGCAGAGGAGGGGUUCCGGGUGCCCUCGAACUGACGGAUUUCAAGUGGUGAAGCAAGCAAGGGCGUGGCCACACAGUGGGUCUUCGUCAUGAACGACCCCUCGGGGCAGUGCUCUUCGUAGAUAACUCGAAGCUGUGUGCAUGAUGCUGGUGCUUGACCAUGAAAUGAAACUCUCAUCCUUAAAAUCUGUGUUGUACUUCACAAUCCUGGACUGUUGCUUAAAAGUAAACAAUGUACAAAUUUUGAAA